UGAGAGUGAGAGGAGUCGCUAACGCCUACGGCCGGUGAAGAGUUGAGAGGUUCUCUCCCCAUUACCGACCAGAAUAGCCCGGUCUUUUGCCGUAAGCCACGCCGAGUUGCGGUGUUAAACAUGCCGCUAAGGCCCUUUAGAUGGAAUUCAAGUCAACAAGCUGAGAUUUCUGAUUCAAAUGCUGGGGCAGAUCUACUUGACAUUAUUCUCAAGCUGCAGCAACUUUCCGCUAGCAAAUUCCAAUCGCCUGAAUGAAUAGACACUGUGCUUGGCAUCGAAGGUCUUCGUACUCGCCGGCAAGAACUUGAUGUACCCCCCUCGGUGUAGCAGUAUCCAGUCGCCCAUCAUUCAAGCUCUUCCUUGAUGAUGUAGCUUUCGACGGAGCCUUUUCUUCCGAAGCCGCAGCCGGGCCGUCUCCGUCAGCACCCUCCAGCGCUCAGCAGCUCAAGUAGCAACCUCCAUAGGUUGCCGAAGCUGUAACCGCAGCUGACCCACAUUCGGAACACCUAGCUUUGCGGCCGCAUUACCUUGGGAUGCAUGCGGACCCACUGCCUCAGAUCAGACACAAUCUGGGAUGGAUUGUGACCCCUCUGGUAGAACAGGACACGAACCCUUCAUGACUCUUCAAUUUUAUCGUUGAGAAGACUCCAAUCUAUUAUCCAACAAGAGCAGCUACGGUCUUCGUUCGUUACAAUGAAACUCACCCUUCCUUCCUUCGAAAUGCUACGGAUUUACCAUGCCUUCCCUUACUCAUCGGAACGGCGCCGUUCCCUCCCCUAGGGACACCAAAAAAACCCAAAUUCAAACAAGGAAAAUAAUGAAACAGCAAGCUUGCUAUUCCACCAUCUCCCCAGAAUGAAGGUGCCAAAAUCCAUAUCCAAAUUACCCUCAAACUUUCAACCUGCAAGCGAAUUCUCUUUUUUCCAAAAUGUUCGUGAUGGUUUGUGGCUUGCACCUGAGCCAAUUCCGUUGAAGAGAACCGUCGACUGUCAGUUUGGCUACUUCAUGCGCUAAGACAUUUUCCUCUCUAAGAACCAGACACCAUGGACAACCUCAACCUGGCAUUAAGGUUAAUAUUGUCUUUCAACCUAUUACUAUUACUCCCAUGUUGUUGUUGUUGUUGUUCAGUGGCUCCGCCACUUCCCAUAUUGCCCCUCCCAAACGCCUUCCAGAUCCAAUGGCAGCUGAGCCACAUGUCCCUCUUCUUCCACUUUGGUCUCAACACCUUCACCGGACAAGAGUGGGGCUCCGGCCACGUCCACCCUUCCCUCUUCAACCCCACCAACCUCAACGCCACUCACUGGAUACACCUCGCCAAACUCAACGGCUUCAACCGCGUCAUCCUCACCGCCAAGCACCACGACGGUUUCUGCUUGUGGCCUUCCCAAUACACUAACUACUCUGUUCGCUCCUCUCCCUGGAAGGCCGGCACCGGGGACGUCCUCGCUGACCUCUCCGCCGCCGCCAAACUUGCCGGCGUUGACCUCGGCAUCUACCUCUCCCCCUGGGAUCGACACGAGCACUGUUACGGUGACACCUUGCUCUACAAUCAGUUCUACUUGGCCCAGAUGACUGAGCUACUCACUAGGUAUGGAGAGAUAAAAGACGUAUUUUUGGAUGGUGCAAAAGGAGAAGGGGAGAAGGACAUGGAGUAUUUCUUUCACACUUGGUUCUCUCUCAUUCACCAGCUUCAGCCCGCCGCCAUUAUAUUUUCUGAUGCUGGUCCUGACACUAGGUGGGUUGGGAAUGAACUUGGUCUUGGUGCCUCUACUUGUUGGUCUAUUUACAACUCCACUCUUACUCCAAUUGGUGGCAUUUACAAUGAUCCUCGAUAUGCGGCCGAGGGAGAUCCGGCUGGUCAUGAGUGGGUACCUGCCCUCUGUGAUGUUUCAAUCAGACCGGGUUGGUUUUGGCAUCCUUCAGAACUUCCAAAGUCUGCAAUCAAUCUGCUUGAAAUAUACUAUAAGUCGGUUGGUCGAAAUUGUCACUUGCUACUCAAUGUGCCUCCAAACUCAUCGGGUCUCAUUUCACCCGAGGAUAUCCAAGUUCUUCAAGAGUUCACUCAACUCAGAAGAUCCAUAUUCUCCAACAAUUUUGCUAUAAAUGCGCUUCUUCAAGCCAGCAGCACGCGAGGAGAAGGAGGAGGAACUUGUGAUUCACAGUUUAGUCCCUACAAUGUUCUGAAAGAAGGCAUAUACACUUAUUGGGCUCCAGAGGAGUAUCAAUUAAGGUGGAUAUUGUACAUAGAUCUUCAAGAACUAGUAUCCUUUAAUGUUUUGCAACUACAAGAGCCUAUUCAAAUGGGACAAAGAGUGAGUGAGUUUCACCUCGAGGCAUUGCAUCUAGAUGGUGUAUGGAAGAGAGUUACAAAUGGCACCACAAUUGGAUAUCAGAGGCUUUUGCUGUUUCCAAAAGUAAAAUCUCAGCAUUUGAAGCUUGUUAUUGACAAGUCUAGAGCUGAUCCACUGAUAUCAUACUUGGGAAUCUACAUGGAUCCAGUUACCAUUUGGAGCAGCAUAUAUGAUGAUACAGUCUUAACAAGCCAUUUCAAUGCAACUCAAGUUAUUCAUAUUAUCACACAAGACAACUCUCCCACUGCUACAAUAUUGGAACUUUAAAAGGGUUGAUAGAGAUAUUCAUAGUAAUUGAGGAUGGAAGCAGCAGCAGAGCAAGGAGAGAGAGAAAGCAGAACACAGAUGCUAACAGGCACGGUUUUAGGGAUA